UUAACACUGACUGCUACGCUUCUCCCCCUUCGUUCUUUCUUUGAACCUCACCCCCGCCCCAGUCUUUGUUUUCUCUCACGGGCUACGCCUCCGUACUGGGAUGAUGUCUGGAGAAAAGCGACCCGCCCAGACGGCAUUUGGUUCAUCUAACCAGGUCGUUGUGAAGCGAAAAAAGUCCGACGCCGAUCUCAAUGACGGUACAGCUGUUGUCAAGAGCUCAUCGCAAAAUGGAGCUCUAGUACAAUCGGUUCCCCGCACCAGUGGGCUGGAUGCCCCGAUUAUGGAGCUUUCAGGUCAUUCGGGCGAAAUCUUCUCCGUGCGAUUCGAUCCCACCGCGCAGCACAUAGCGUCCGGCUCAAUGGAUAGAUCCAUCAUGCUCUGGAAUACCUACGGACAAUGCGAAAAUUAUGGCGUUCUUUCAGGUCACCGAGGAGCCGUCCUUGACCUGCAAUGGUCCCGCGACUCCAAGACGAUCUUCUCCGCGUCGGCAGACAUGACAAUUGCAAGCUGGGACUUGGAGACCGGGCAAAGAAUUCGCCGCCACGUCGGUCACGAGGAGAUUGUCAAUUGCCUUGAUAUCAGCAAAAGAGGGCAGGAGCUCCUGGUUAGCGCCAGUGACGACGGCUGUGUAGGAAUAUGGGAUCCGCGACAAAAGGACGCGGUCGAGUACUUGGAGUCUGAAUUACCCAUCACUGCGGUGGCCUUAUCGGAGACGGGUAAUGAAAUAUACAGUGGUGGCAUUGACAAUACCAUCCACGUCUGGGACCUGCGCAAGAAGGCCGUGGCAUACUCGAUGGCGGGGCACAUGGACACGAUUACCUCUCUCGAAAUCUCACCCGACUCGCAAACUCUACUAUCCAACUCCCACGACUCGACCGUACGCACCUGGGAUAUCCGACCCUUCGCGCCGACGAAUCGCCAUAUCAAGACCUAUGACGGUGCGCCCGUCGGUCUGGAGAAGAACCUCAUCCGUGCAAGCUGGGAUCCGAGUGGUGAGAAGAUUGCCGCAGGAAGCGGUGACCGAAGCGUGGUUGUGUGGGAGACCAAGUCUGGAAAACUGUUAUACAAGCUUCCGGGCCACAAAGGAACUGUCAAUGACGUUCGGUUCUCACCCAACACCGAGCCUAUCAUUGUCUCCGCAUCGUCUGAUCGAGGCCUUAUGCUGGGUGAACUGGGCAAGUGAGGCGGCUUCAGAUCUAACAACCUAAUAGCGGACCCGGGAACCCGUUUCAAAACCGCAGCAUUUCUCUUGAUACCACCCAACAUGACCGAAUUCAAAUUUCCAUGAGCUGGCGGGACAUCGGGCGCUCUUCCGACAACAGAACCGACUGCUUGCUAAGCCUAGCGAAACUCGAAACUCCAUUCCUCAGGUUCUAGAAAAGGAACCAUGUAUACGAGCGAACCGAUGUAUACGUUUGCGCUUCUCGCAUGGGAUAAUGACCAAUGGCUUAGAGUAUAGGCCCACCGCGAUGAGAAAAUUGGCAACCUUCGCACGAACCCUGUCUGGGCAUACAUUAUAUUUUCGCAAUGAUGUUUGCAAUGUACCAUGUAUCUUGAAAUGUAACUAAUUCUGUACCCAUCAGUCGUCCGAUUAGCAGCGCUCUGUAUACUACAUCCACCCAAUCCAGGACUCAGUCUACC